UGGUGUGUACUAUAUACUGGUGUAUACUAUAUACUGGUGUGUACUAUAUACUGGUGUGUACUAUAUACAGGUGUAUACUAUAUACUGGUGUGUACUAUAUACUGGUGUGUACUAUAUACUGGUGUGUACUAUAUACAGGUGUGUACUAUAUACAGGUGUAUACUAUACACUGGUGUGUAUUAUAUACUGGUGUGUACUAUACACUGGUGUGUACUUUCCACUGGUGUAUACUAUAAACUGGUGUAUACUAUAUACUGGUGUAUACUAUAUACUGGUGUGUACUAUAUACAGGUGUAUACUAUACACUGGUGUGUACUAUACACUGGUGUGUACUAUAUACUGGUGUAUACUAUAAACUGGUGUGUAAUAUACACAGGUGUAUACUAUACACUGGUGUGUACUAUACACUGGUGUAUACUAUAUACUGGUGUGUACUAUAUACUGGUGUGUACUAUAUACAGGUGUGUACUGUACACUGGUGUGUAUUAUAUACUGGUGUGUACUAUACACUGGUGUGUACUUUCCACUGGUGUAUACUAUAAACUGGUGUGUACUAUAUACUGGUGUGUAUUAUAUACUGGUGUG